AUGACCAAUAUUCCUUUGGAGGAAGAGAUUAAAGUUGCUUUAGAUUCAAUUGAUGAGCAGAAGGCUACUGGGCCUGAUGAGUUCACAUCCACCUUCUAUAAAGCCACUUGGGCUAAGACCACCCAAGAAUAUCAUACAAGCUGUUCAAUACAAGCUGUUCAAAAUUUCUUCAUUGGGGUGGACCCUCCUAGAGAAAAUUCUAUUUCCCACUCAACCAUCAAUGAAACACUGCCUGACAAGGAAAGGGAAUUUACUAAUAGUCUAUCCCUUACUUAUAUUCCUGAUGAAAAUGAAAUUUGGGCAGCUCUAAAAUCCAUUGACAGCACCAAGGUGGCUGGUCCUGAUGGAUUCUCUGCUGAUUUCUACAAAAAGGCCUGGCAUAUUGUGAAGGGUGAAAUUAUUGCCACAGUUCAAAGUUUUUUCUGGGGGGCUGACCUCCCCAAAUACUUCUCCUCUUCUACCAUCACACUGAGAUUACAACCCCACCUAAACAAGCUCAUUUGCAAGAAUCAGUCUGCUUUCAUCAGGGAUAUAAGCAUUGUUGAUAAUGUGCUCUUGGCCCAAGAAUUGGUCCUGAUUGCUAGAGGUUCCUCAACCUCCUUUGUCUCUCUCAUCAACAGAUGGCUGUCCAAUAAUUUCCAUUCAAUCUUCAUCAAUGGAUCCUCUAAUGGGUUUUUUGGUGCUUCUAGAGGUAUAAAACAAGGUGACCCCCUCUCCCCUACUAUCUUUAUCUUAGCUUUUGACUACUUAUCCAGAAGUUUGAAUGAGUUGGCAUCCAGGAAACCCCAUUCUCUUUAUAGUCACAGAUCUUCCACAUUAAUUAAUCAUCUGGCCUUUGCUGAUGACAUCAUAAUCUUUACAAAAGCUUCCAAAGUUGCAGUCAAACUAUUAAUGCAGAAUCUGGAGACCUUUCAGGAUGUUUCUGGAACAAAAUUUAAUAAACAGAAGUGCAUUUCCAUUUUCAGUAAGUAG